AACCAAACCUCCUCCUCCUCCUCUUCUUCUCCCCUAUAAAAUCAGCUUUCCUCUCCACACUCCAAUGCACCACUCUCCACAAUUACAGUAAUGGAGAAAUCCCAAAUCAGAGUUUGCGUCACGGGAGGCUCUGGCUUCAUCGGCUCCUCCCUCGUCAAGAAACUGCUGGAAAAGGGCUACACCGUCCACGCCACCCUCCGCAAUCUCGAGGACAAGGCGAAAGUGGGUCUCCUGACUUCCCUCCAUAACGCCGAGACCAAUUUGGUCCUCUUCGAAGCCGACAUCUACAACCCAGAUCAGUUCCAAGCCGCCAUUAAUGGCUGCGAAUUCGUUUUCCAAGUCGCUUACCCUCUCCAACACAACCAGAACAGCUCCACGGUCUGUCUGUAAAACUAUUUCAUCUGGGUACUCUGUUUUUACAUCUGGGUACUCUGUUUUUUUUUUUCCCUCCUUCCCUUCCCCCCUUUCCGAAAUUGACAAAGAAACAAAAAAACCCCUGCAGUACAAGGACAGGAUGGAAGCCAUGGCUGCCGGGUCGAAGAGCAUAGCGGAAAGCUGCAUCAAAUCUGGAACCGUGAAGCGGCUGAUAUACACGGCCUCUGUCAUGGCGGCGUCGCCCCUGUUUCAGGACGGAGUCGGUUACGGUGACGCCAUUGAUGAGUCAUGUUGGACACCUCUCAACGUCUCUUUCAAAUACUGCGAUACUUUCACCUUGGAAUACACGAGGGGAAAGACUGUGGCGGAGAAAGAAGUGCUGAAGUACAACGACGCCGCCGCCGGCGGGAAGCUGGAAGUGGUGAGCCUGGUGACGGGACUGGUCGGAGGUGACACGAUUCUCUCGCACGUGCCGACGAGCGUGGAGGUGAUCGUCUCUCCGGCGACCGGGAACUUGUUCGGCUACAACCACGGGCUGAUGCUGAUACAGGAGUUGUUGGGAUCGGUGCCGCUCGUCCACGUGGAAGACGCCUGUGAAGCGCUGGUUUUCUGCGUGGAGGGUGAGAAGACGGCGUCGCUUAAGGGCAGGUUUCUGUGCGCAGCUGGCAGCCUGAGCGUCAGGGAAAUCGCCACGUGUAUCCGGGGCCGCCAUCCGGAGUGCCACGUGGAUGCCACGAUGAUGGGUGAAGAUGGGAAAGGAAUCAAGCUGGACAAUUCGAAGCUCGUGGAGAUGGGGUUUAGGUACAAGUACGAUGCAAAGGGUGUUAUCGAGGAGAGCUUGGAGUGUGCCAAACGCCUUGGGUGCUCUUCCUGACCUAGCUCGUUAGAGAGCUUUUUCUCGACGACUGUUGCUGGAGUUCAGUCGCUCGUGUAUUUUAAAAAAUUUCUCGGGGAAUUCGAAAAUUAGAAUGGUUGUUCACAGUGAGUCUGGUUUAAUGAUGAUCGUUAGUUGUUAAUUACUAAGAAUCAGUUGUCGUGGUUUAGAUCGCACAAUAACUAGCUUUGUGAUUGAUAGGCUUGAGUUGAGCAUGUGUUUCAAGGAGAGUGACCAAUUAUCUUGUUUGUGUAGGUCACAUUUAAGAUUUGAGUGAAUAGUAUUUGAUGCUUCAUGUGAUGUGUUGGGUUAUCAGCUGUACAAUGAUAAAAUUUGAGGUUGAAACCAUCAGAGUUAUUUACUGAAGGUCGCGAAAGCUUUAUUUACUGAAGGUCGCGAAAAGCUUUAAAAGGAUCUAAUUGUCAGAAAAACAGUAAGAGUUAUAGGAUUAUUAAAUUGGUGUGUUGUGAUCAAUUCAUAUAUUAUAUUAUACAUGUAUUGCUCUAUUUGAUGUAUUGUAGAUUAGAGUGUUCAGUAUAUGUGUUUGUGUUUUCAAUAGGUAAAAAAAGAAAUC